AUGAGCGAUCGAGUGCGACGACGUCGCAGUCGUGAAUUGCGAGUGCCACGACACGACGGGGGACUGUCACCGGCGUCACGGCUUCGGAUAGCCGCAGACGUCCACCGCCACUCAACUAGUGACGAUGACUCCGGUUGUGUCCUUGAAGAGUACGCCUGGGUCCCCAGUGGACUCAAACCGAAUAUGGUGCACAUGUUUUUCGCCACCCUGCCCGAGGAGAAGGUGCCAUAUGUGAACAGCGCGGGUGAGAAAUGGCGAAUUCGUCAACUGCGCCAUCAGCUUCCGCCGCAAGACUCCGAUCCACGAUACUGUGCCCGGCUUACUGCCGAUGAAGAAGAUGAACUCAGACUUUUCGAGCGUCGUCGAAAGGCCGAGUGCCUUGGACGAGGCGCAAUUGAGCGCGUGCCGUAUGACGACCGAACUCGCAAGUGUGCCACCGUGGGUUCUAGUUAUCCUUCUGCUGUCAUAUUCGAUUUCUCAAUCCACCUUCAUAAACGCUGA